AUGAGAAUCCUCGACCCCCAAUCUGCCGUCCUCACCAACAUUGAGGUUCUGGCCUACCUAACAGCCAACCCGCCCCGCCGCUCUCCCGAUCCGCCGCAGAAUGCUGAUCGAUGGGUUCCCAGCCCAGACCUGAGAGACCACAACACCGUGGUCAAGGAAAUCCACAACUAUGUCACUCGCAUUUCGCCUCAUAUCCUAAAAUACCCCCGCUACACCCCUCGCCCAACCUCCUCGCAAUCCGCGUCCGCAUUUGGAACAAUGCGUCCCCCAGCUCAAAACACCACAUCAGAUAACAACGAUCUCACAAAGUCCACAGCACCACCCCGCGACCUCUCCUCAGAAGAAACACCUAUGGACCUCGCCCUCCGUGAACUGAUCACACAGCUCAAGCCUUACGGUCUUACCAAGGCCGAAGUGGUUAUGAUUCUGAACUUGGGUGUUGGCGUUACGACCUCGACUGAGGGCGAGAAUGGCGAUGAGAUGGCUAAUGGGGAUGGAGAGAUGGAUGUUGAUGAGGACGGGAAUGCUGUUAACGGUGAGGGUGGUGAGGAGGAGGAUUUUGGUGCUAUGGCUAUUUUCGAGUCUGUUGUUGAGGAGCGGGAGCAGCGGAUAUCUGAUGAGGAUGUGCAGUUUGUUUUGGGGAUUAUUCGGGAGGUUUUGAGUGAGCAUUAUGGGAGUUAG